UCGUUCAGUUAACAGCAUUUGCCAUUGUAGUCGUACCGUAAACGUCAUAACAAUAAUAUAACGUGUUUUUAUUUCGUUAAAAUUGUUGAGCGGAAGCAGAAUAAUUUAAUGCAUAAAGUGUUAAGUGAAUUUGUGCAAUGAAAGAGAUCUUUAAAAAGAAUUAAGAGAUCAGCCCUCAAAUUGCAUGUGGUUUUUUCCUUAUUACAUCAACAACAACAGCAACAACAACAUCAGUUGUAAAUCACCAUAAGCCCAGAGCAGAGUUGAAGAAGCAGCGGAAGCUUUUAUCAGCUGUGGCACAAAGUAUUACGAAAACAACAGUUAACAGUUAAUGAACAGCAAUUUUUUGAUAGUACACAAAUAUGAAAACACUGCAAGAGAAUCCCGCAUUUGUGGGCGACGAUGGACACAGCACAGCCAGCACGUUGGCCAUGUCGUCGCUGGCAGGAGAGACGCACGCACAGGCAGAUGCUGACCAGGAGCAGGAUCGGGAUCAGGUGGUUAGCAAAUCUGCAGCGGUACGCGGGGAACGUGCCACAUGGGGCAAGGGCAUCGAGUUUCUAAUGUCCUGCAUUGCAAUGUCUGUGGGAUUGGGCAAUGUGUGGCGCUUUCCGUUCACCGCACUGGACAAUGGAGGCGGCGCUUUUCUAAUACCAUAUCUCAUUGUGCUGUUCCUAAUUGGUAAACCGAUUUACUAUCUGGAAAUGGUAAUUGGCCAGUUUUCAAGUCGUGGCUCCGUUAAGGUAUUCGAUUUGUGCCCAGCCAUGAAAGGCGCCGGCAUCGGACAGGUGAUCGCGAUAUCGCUUGUGACGACAUACUACGUAGGAAUUAUGGGUAUGACAUUGCGUUUUUUUUACGAUUCGUUUCGCAAUCCACUGCCCUGGUCCCAGUGCCGUUCCGAGUGGGGUCCACAGUGUGUGGCCUCCAGUCCGGGCAACACUAGCACCACUAAUACCACUGCCAGUUUAAAUUUGGAGUCGCUGCAGCAGAAGCCCGUCGCAUCCGCUGAGCUGUAUUUUCUAAAGGAGGUGCUGCACGAGAAGGAGCAGAUUGCUGAUGGCAUUGGUCUGCCCAACUGGGAGCUGGUCAUUGGCCUGUUUGUCGCCUGGCUGUGCGUCUUUCUCAUCAUACGUCGCGGCGUUAAGAGCUCCGGCAAGGCAUCGUAUUUCCUGGCCAUCUUUCCGUAUAUCAUCAUGGGAGUCUUGCUGGUGAGAGCCGUCACAUUGCCGGGCUCCAUUAAUGGCAUUUACUAUUUCAUCAAACCGAACUGGGGCAAGAUAUUGGAUCCGCAGGUGUGGUAUGCGGCAGUCACACAAUGCUUCUACUCGCUAUCCGUGUGCUUUGGCAACAUCAUCAUGUACUCCUCGUUCAACAAGUUCGGUCACAAUGUGCAUCGGGAUGCGACAAUUGUGACCGCCAUGGACACGGUCACUUCACUGCUCGCGGGCUUCACCAUUUUUGGCAUCUUGGGACACUUGGCGCAUGAGAUUGGCACUGAUGACAUUGGAACGGUGGUGAAAGGUGGCGCUGGACUGGCGUUCAUCUCGUAUCCGGAUGCGAUAGCCAAGUUUAAGCAUUUGCCGCAGAUCUUCUCGGUGCUGUUCUUUCUCAUGCUCUUCGUGCUGGGCAUUGGAUCCAACAUAGCGAUGUCCUCCUGUACAGUGACAGCCAUACGAGAUCGCUUCCCCAACUUUAAGCAAUGGCAAUGUUCGCUGCUCAUUGCAGUCAUUAGCUUCUGCAUUGGCCUCAUAUACAUAACACCGGGUGGUCAAUAUAUGCUCACUUUGGUGGACUUCUUUGGCGCCUCGAUGAUUGCGUUGGUUUUGGGCAUUGCAGAGCUUUAUACAAUCGGCUGGAUCUAUGGCACAGAUCGCCUGUGCAAGGACAUUGAGUUCAUGCUGGGCCGCAAAGUGGGUCUCUACUGGCGGCUCUGCUGGGGCAUCUUCACGCCACUUAUCAUGACCAUCAUUCUGAUAUACUUCUAUGCCAGCUAUGAGCCACUCACCUACAACAGUCAAGCCUAUCCGCCCUGGGCUUAUGCUGUUGGCUGGACCAUCACGGCGUUUGGAAUUUUACAGCUGCCCUUCUGGAUGCUGAUCGCCGUUUUUCGGGAGCCCGGCUCUACGCUGGGCGAGAAGAUACGAGGCGCCUUCAGGCCCAAAAAGAAUUGGGGACCCUCCGAUCCGCUGCUCAGGGAGCAGUACAACAAGAAAAUUGAGCACGAGCUGACGCCGAAACGUGGCCAAGGCUUUUGGGCCAGCAUUAAGCAGAAUAUCUUUGGAUAACUGUCAGAUCUCACCCCCUCUCUCUUUUAAGAGUGGCGUUGUAAAUAGAAUGUGAAAAAGUGUUUGACUUAAAUAUCUAAUAAGUGUGCCACUAAAAUAUAACGAAUUUAUAAAUAUUUUUUGAAAA